AUGUUAGAAAUUGUUUUCCACGUUAGAAACGCCUCUCCCUUUCCCCCCUCUUCCUCCCCUCUCCCCCGCUCCCCUCCUCCCCUCCCCUCCUCCCAUCCCCUUCCUCCCCCCCCCCUGCUUUUGCAGUAUCCCCCGUUCUUUUCCUCCUCCCCUCGUGCGCGUAACGCUUCUCGCGCCCAUCAACGGCGCGUUCACCUCCCUGCCGCCCGUCACGCGCCCGUCCUCACGCGCCGCGCCAGCGUCAUGCACCGCGUGCUCGCCUUCCACACUCUCGGCAGAACUACCGGCAGGCUAACUGCCCCUCCUUCUCUCCCGACCCCAGCCACUCCCUCUCUUUCCAUCCCCCGCCCCAAAAUCCUCCCUCUCUUCAGCGCUGAACCUCCUUUAUCCCCCACUCCGCCCCACUUCCUCUCGUGUGCAUGCAGUUCACAAAAGGGUUACAAUUUCCUCCCCUCUCUCCCCCCUUCCUUCCUCCUCCCCGCCCCUUCAUUUCCCCCUUUCCACUACUUUUGCAAUAUUCCCCAUGCGUUUUCCCGCUCCCGUCUGUGCAAGUCUGUGGGCCUCCCUCACUCUCUCCCCAUCUCCGUCCCACAGCCCCUCCCUCUCCCACCGGGCCCGUUCGUCUUGCUCAUACUGUUUUCGUCCCGUUGUCCCUUUGUCUAUAGGCGCCUCAAGAAUGGCCUCUCCAUGGCGGCUGGCAUGCAAACCACUGCGCUCAUCCCCCAUGGGGUGCAGCCUGCAGGUAAAGUGACGUCAGAGAUGCGAGCCUCGCAGGUCACGGGCAGCAGGGGCGACUAUAACUCCACGGGCACCGUCGCCCUGGCCUUUUUCAAGUACGGCGAGACCUACAACAUUCGCUACUCUGUGCACGUCUGGCGGCUUGACCGCCCCGAGAUUCCCAAGAAGGCGACCGUGCACUACGGCACGCGCUUCACCACGGGCCCUGUUCAGAUCGAGUUUCCCAGCGACAAAUGGGUCAACAUGACCAGCAACUACCAGCGCCCCAACCGCCCCAAGCUGUACACUUACGUGAUUGCGGGCGUGUGGCACGACGUCGCGAAGGUCAAGGCUGCCAAUGGAAAGUCUCUCGAGCCGUUCGUCCUUGUGCUUCUCGUCCUUUUGGCGUGCGCCUCUAGCGCUAGGGGCAAGUGGAUCGGUCGCGUGUCGACGUUGUUAAAUGGUGCGCAAGUCGUGGGCAGCACGGGCGAUUUGAAGUCGACGGGCAGCCUGGCACUGGGGCUUUACAGGUUCGGAAAGUCGUACUGGGUGCGCUACUCCGUGAAAGUCUCGCAGGCCGGCAAUUCCGCCUUCCCCACCAAGGCCACCGUAAACGCCGGCAAAUACGGCGCCAACGGCGCUGUACAGUACGAGCUUCCCACCAACUGGCAGAACCGAACCCUCACCCCGCAGCCCGUCGCCAAGGUCUACAAUUACGUGCUGGAAGGCGUGGUGAAAAACGCGGAGAGCAUCACCACGUCUUCGGGAAAGACUCUGAGUGUUCUCAUGAUGGAUAUUCUCAAGGCGCCGCGCACCUACUACGGGCUCGUCACGUCCCCCUCGUACCCCGACGGCGCCAUUCGCGGGCAGCUCCAUAAGGGCUGA